AUGGAGGAUAUAUUCGUGGGAUUACUGAUGAUGAUGCUUCUUUUAUGUUUAAUUCCGCUUUAUUUAUGGAAACGCCGCGUCGAUUCUCACUCUUCCGAUCAGCACCAAGAAGAAACUCAGGCUGUACAAGAGGAAAGAGUGGUUAGGGCAACUGGUACGCGCCGAAUGCGCAGGCGGGCGGCAGCUUCUUCUGUUGCCAGCACAUCGUCGGCCGUGGCUACUGAAGAAGAGGCUUCUCGUGAGUCAAGGCGAACAAAACAAGACCAUUACGAUGAGAUGAGGAGGAAGAAGGAUGAAGAGCAUGAAGCUCGAGAGAGGAUGCUGGAAGAAGAAGCCAAAGCUCGAAAAGCUGAAGAAGAAGCAGCUGCUGCCUUGGAGUUUGACAAGUGGAAAGGGGAAUUUUCAAUUGAUGCUGAAGGUACAACAGAAAAUGAGGUGCAAGAUGGAAACCAGGGUUUGCUCUUUGAUUUCGUGGAAUACAUCAAGAAGCACAAAUGCGUUCCUCUGGAAGAUAUUGCUGCAGAAUUUAAGUUACGAACUCAGGAUUGUAUCAAUCGGAUAACCUCAUUAGAAAAUAUGGGAAGACUGUCUGGGGUGAUGGAUGAUAGAGGAAAGUACAUAUACAUCUCACUGGAAGAAAUGAAAGCUGUCGCUGAUUAUAUAAAGCGUGAGGGUAGGGUCAGCAUCUCACUCCUAGCUAGCAAGUCGAACCAGUUCAUAGAUUUGGAACCAAAAGCCGAGUUAGUCGAAGAUAUCAGCAGCUUAGAGGAGACAACUGUAAAAAAUGUAAUCCUGUUCAUCAGUUACAAGUGUAGCAUAGGUUUUUCAUCUCUUGCUCUACUCUUUCCUGCGGCAUAG